CUUUGGCGUUGUAUUGGCCCCGUCACAAAGCAGCCUGGAGCUUGCCUGCAGUCAGCACCAGCAGAGAUCGCCUGCCUCAUUCAGUGCAAGUGUGGGGGAAGCUUUAGCUCCACGUGUGCUUGCAGAUUCCACAGUCUCCCCAGGACCACGCUGCCAUGGGACACCACAGCACGUGGACGUGGCAGGAGCUGCUGGUGCUGCUGGGGGUGCUCUGGCUGUGGGGGGGCAGCGCCCAGCCCACCCCUCUGGGCCCCACGCGCAGCCCCGCGCCCCAGCUGAAGUUUCGCCUGGCUGGCUACCCACGUAAGCACAACGAGGGCCGCGUCGAGGUCUUCUACAACGAUGAAUGGGGCACCAUCUGCGACGACGACUUCACGCUGGCCAACGCGCACGUGCUGUGCCGGCACCUUGGCUUCGUGGCUGCCACUGGCUGGGCCCACAGCGCCAAGUACGGCAAAGGCGUCGGGCGGAUCUGGCUGGAUAACGUGAAUUGUGCGGGAGGUGAGAAGAGCAUUGGGGACUGCAAACACCGGGGCUGGGGGAACAGUGACUGCAGCCAUGAGGAAGAUGCAGGUGUCAUCUGCAAGGAUGAGCGCAUCCCAGGCUUCAAGGACUCCAACGUCAUUGAGACAGAGCAGAGCCACGUGGAGGAGGUUCGUCUGCGGCCGGUGGUGUCAGGGGCCCGGCGGCGGCUGCCGGUGACAGAGGGCAUCGUGGAGGUGCGCUACAAGGAUGGCUGGGCACAGAUCUGCGAUGAGGGCUGGGACACCAAGAACAGCCGUGUCAUCUGUGGCAUGAUGGGCUUCCCUGCAGAGAAGAAGGUGAACAGGAACUUCUACAAGCGGUUGAAGCGCGCAGCCAGGACGAAGGGACAGAGCCCAAGGCUGGGCAGCAGGCUGGCCUCCAAAUCUCAGCCUAAAAAGCGCAGGGAGGACGUAGGGUCCAGGAAGAGGCUGUUUGCGGAGCGGCAGCAGCUCAACUACCGCCUGCACUCCGUGUCCUGCACAGGGACGGAGGUGCACCUCUCCAUGUGCACCUUCCAGUUCUACCAGGGCAACACCUCCACAGCCUGCGGGGCCGGCAUGCCCGCCGUUGUCAGCUGCCUGCCUGGGCCCCUCUUCACCUCUGGCAGCACCCACAAGAAGAAGCAGCGCCAGCAGCAGCAGGGCCAGCUGCGGAUCCGGCUGAAGGGAGGUGCGAAGGCCGGGGAGGGCCGUGUCGAGGUGCUCAAGAGCAGCGAGUGGGGCACAGUCUGCGAUGACCGCUGGAACCUGCUGUCAGCCAGCGUGGUGUGCCGCGAGCUGGGUUUUGGCAGCGCCAAGGAAGCCCUCACUGGGGCACGCAUGGGCCAAGGGACAGGGCCUAUCCACCUGAACGAGGUGCAGUGCCUGGGCACCGAGAAGUCCCUCUGGAGCUGCCCCUUCAAGAACAUCACGCAGGAGGACUGCAAGCACACGGAGGAUGCAGCCGUCCGCUGCAACAUCCCCUACAUGGGCUACGAGAACCUGAUUCGGCUGAGUGGGGGUCGGAGCCGCUUCGAGGGGCGGGUCGAGGUGGCGGUGGGGGCUGGUGACGGGGACGAGCUCCGCUGGGGUCUGGUCUGCGGCGAAGGCUGGGGUACGCUGGAGGCGAUGGUGGUCUGUCGCCAGCUGGGUCUGGGAUUCGCUAACCACGGCUUACAAGUAGGUGCUGGUGCCAGCUUGGCCAGGGCAGCGAGCCGCCACCACCACUGCUCCGCGGGGACGGGGACAGGGACGGGGACGUGGCGGGGGGCGGUGCAGUGUGGGGUGCAUGCUCACGGCCCCAGGACUUCCCCACAGAUCCGCCUAGCCGGCGGGAGGACGGCGUUCGAGGGCCGCGUGGAGGUGAAGCGCGGCAGUAAGUGGGGCACAGUGUGCAGCGAUGGCUGGACCACCAAAGAGGCCAUGGUGGCCUGCCGCCAGCUUGGCCUGGGCUACUCCCUGCACGCGGUGACGGAGACGUGGUACUGGGAUGCCAGCAACGUGACGGAGAUGGUGCUGAGCGGUGUGAAGUGUGCUGGCCACGAGAUGUCCCUGAGCCACUGCCAGCACCACGGCAGCAGCCUGAACUGCAGGAACACGGGCACGCGCUUCGCCGCAGGCGUCAUCUGCUCGGAGACCGCCUCCGACCUGCUGCUGCAUGCGCCGCUGGUGCAGGAGACGGCGUACAUCGAGGACCGGCCGCUGCACAUGCUGUACUGUGCCGCCGAGGAGAACUGCCUCUCCAGCUCGGCCCGCCUGGCCAACUGGCCCUACGGGCACCGCCGCCUGCUCCGCUUCUCCUCCCAGAUCCACAACAACGGCCGUGCCGACUUCCGCCCCAAGGCUGGCCGCCACUCCUGGGUCUGGCACGAGUGCCACCGGCACUAUCACAGCAUGGACAUUUUCACCCACUACGACAUCCUGACUCCCAAUGGCACCAAGGUGGCAGAGGGCCACAAGGCCAGCUUCUGCCUUGAGGACACAGAGUGUGAAGAAGAUGUGGCCAAGCGGUACGAGUGUGCCAACUUCGGGGAGCAGGGCAUCACGGUGGGCUGCUGGGACCUGUACCGGCACGACAUCGACUGCCAGUGGAUCGACAUCACUGAUGUCAAGCCUGGCAACUACAUCCUGCAGGUCGUGAUUAACCCCAACUUCGAGGUGGCAGAGAGUGACUUCACCAACAAUGCCAUGAAAUGCAACUGCAAGUACGAUGGGCACCGUAUCUGGGUGCACAGCUGCCACAUCGGCGACGCGCUCAGCGAGGAGGCCAGCAAGCGGUUUGAGCAGUACCCGGGCCAGCUGAACAACCAGAUCUCGUAGGGCCCAGACACAGGAGCCCCGGGGAGAUGGGCAUCUCCCUCCUCCGCCCCACACGUGCAGGAGGAAGCUGCUGCGGGGCCAGUGGGGGGCUUGCCCCCAACACCUCUGAGCCCUGCACCGCUCUGGGGGCUGCCCAGGACUCACCGCCGGGGAGCCAGGGCUGGAGGCACCGGCGGCCUGGGGCGCUGCCCCAAACACUGGCCGGACGCUGCACCCCCUUCCUGGGCUGCAGCACCAUGGCACGGUCAGGGGAGGCCCCACGCCCCCUCCUGCCGCACCGUGCUCCCCCCGCUCCCUGUCCCCACCACCCCACUGCACCCCCUCCUGCUCCCCCAGCCCAGUUCCUCUCGCCCUGAGCUGCCUUCUCUGGGGCUCUGCCCUCUGCUGGCACCAGGAUCCCCUGCCCACCUGGGGACCCCCCCCCGAUCAGGGCCAGCCUCUGUCAUGCCCCAGGAGCCCCUUGUUCCCUAGGACGCUGUGGCCGCCCUGCACUGGCAGUGCUGCCUCUGGCUGCCCAGCAGCAGCUCCCACACUCAUUCCUUAGUUGUAAUUUUAUUUUCUUGAUAAAGUUGUCUGUUCUAUUUC